GAAGAACUGAUUUUUCAUGAUCGAUAUUUCCGUCCGGAACAUUAACGUGUGGCACAUGACAACAAAAAUACGGAAGAGGCUACAAUCACCUGACACAACUCGCGUAUAGCACCAUUGUGUUAUCCGUUUCUGACUGUGAUUACCAGCCGACACAAUGGAGGACCAGGAGAUGCAGCUGAAAGUUAGACGAGUGACCGACAAAUUCACGGAGAGCAUGUACGUGCUGGCUAACGAGCCGUCGGUGGCUCUCUACAGACUGCAGGAACACGUCAGACGGUCGCUGCCUGAGCUGGUGCAACACAAGACUGACAUGCAGAGCUGGGAGGAGCAGAGUCAAGGUGCCAUCUACACUGUAGAGUACGCAUGCAGCGCCGUGAAGAGCAUGACGAACAGCAGCAUGUAUUUCAAAAACAUUGACAGCCUCCUCCGUCAGGCCAUCAGCAUCAAGGAGCAGAUUAGCAGCUCUCAAGGACGCAGCUUACAUGACGUGACCCCCUCUCCCAGUCCCCCUGUCUCUGCUGCACAUGCCCCCACCACUUCCUCAUGACCUCUGGACAGAGGUGUCCAAGGAAAAGGACCAUGGACUCAGGCAUGCUAAAGGAAGGAGGAGAAAAGCACGGCUCUGGCAUGUGACGCGACUUCCUGAGCUGGCGGUGUUGCUCUUACAGUCCCUCGCUCCGCUACGUCUUGAUUGAGGCCGGAGCGAGGUCACAAGGGCGACACCUCCUCAUCACAAUGGAGUGACUGCCUCCAGUGACCUCCCCCAGUACAAGCCGCUCAGUGGAACAGAGCGCCACAGCGCUGCCAGGUUCAGCAUUAAAAACACUUAAGUCAUGGACGCUGCUCAAAGAAUGCAUUGUUCUCGUGGACUCGCUGGACGGACCGGGGAGAGAGCAGCCGUGCUGGUUGUGCCUCUACUGUUGAAAAUCAACUGCAGCGCCAAUGUUUUGGACUCUAGUUUUCAGGGUUUUGUGAGUUUAUUGUUAAACGAUUAAGACCAAAAAGUACCCUGCAUGCAAAUUCUAAAAGCUUAACACACCUACAGAAGGAAUGCAGCAACAGGUGCCCAGUUCUUCUCUUUAUUUCAGAGUUAAAUAUAUGAGACACCAGAUUGAGCAACAUGUUUUGAAAAGAAAAUUGAGCUACUGUUCUCACCUGCCAAGUAGACAGAGACCCCGAGACAGAACAGUCCGAUAGCCACGUGUCGCACAGCUCUGCUAUCCAAAAGGAACCAGUCUGCUCUGUAGGAACAAAUGUCACAUGUUCAUGUUUACACUUUAACACUGCUGCUUAAUGAAGAUAAUUUUCUGUAACAUAA